GAAUAGAAUAACAGAUGUGGAGGAGGUGGAGCAGUUUCUGAAGGAGGGUAUCAUAAUGAAGGGUUUCCACCACAGCAACGUGCUCUCCCUGCUGGGCAUCCUCCUGCCGCAGGAAGGCCUCCCUCUGGUGGUGCUGCCGUACAUGAAACACGGGGACCUGCGGCACUUCAUCCGCUGCGAGAAGAGGAAUCCCACCGUAAAGGAUCUGAUUGGCUUCGGGCUGCAGGUCGCGAAGGGGAUGGAGUAUUUGGCUCAGAAGAAGUUUGUUCACAGAGAUCUCGCUGCACGCAACUGCAUGCUGGACGAGUCAUACACAGUGAAGGUGGCAGACUUUGGCAUGGCCAGAGAUGUUUUUGAUAAAGAGUAUUACAGCGUUCAGGACCACAGGAAGGCCAAGCUGCCCGUCAAGUGGAUGGCCAUCGAGAGUCUGCAGACGCAGAAAUUCACCUCCAAGUCUGACGUGUGGUCCUUUGGUGUGCUGAUGUGGGAGAUGCUGACCAGAGGAGCGAGCCCCUACCCAGAGGUGGACCCUUAUGACAUAACACAUUACCUGCUGAAGGGCCGGAGGCUCCCCCAGCCUCAGUACUGCCCUGACCCUUUGUAUAGCAUUAUGCUCCAGUGCUGGGACCCUGAUCCGGAGUUGAGGCCCAACUUUUCUACGUUGCUGUUGGCCGUCGCCACCAUCCUGACCGGCCUGGAGGGAGAACACUACAUCAGUCUGAACGUCACCUACGUGAACCUGGACCAGCCGAGGCCCUACCCGGCCCUCACAGAGUCUGCGGACGAGAACAACUCCACGGAUGGUGAAGACUCAGGCUCCAUCUCCUCCUGAUCCACUCCUCUUCCUCUCUCCACUUUAAACUGGUAUUGGUGCUCACAGCGAGGAUGCAAACAAAUUCAAUUAGGUCGCAACAGUAUCUCCUACUAGUAAGCAUUGGAAACAGAGGUGCUGCCUACUAUAAUGUGCGUGGAAGUGGUGUUAAGAUGCUUUCAGGGCAGCCAUAUUCGAGGGCUGUCACGUUGCCGCCAUAGAUAAGUAACGUUUCAGUUUCCACUCUCAUUUUAAGCUGGAUAUACACUGUCUGGUUUGGAGCAAC